CAACACCAUGGCAUGAUUCGUCGAACAGUUGGACCAGGAGCAUGUAGCUCACGUGAGGCUGAAGAGCGGCUGAGCAACUUUGCUGCAACGGAACAUCGAGGGUCUUGAUGUUUCUUCUCACGUUGACCGCCAUAUGCCUAAGACCAGACAGCUUGGAAGGACAGGUUGUUAACUAUGGACCCCCCUGACACCACUCCGCAGCCACCGGUGGCACGUUCAAUUGGGAUUACAACUAUUGUGAACGAGCCCGCUGAAGCAGCCUUAGACAUAAUCUUUGUCCACGGGUUUACCGGGCAUCCUCAAAGGACGUGGACACACAAGAGGCGCGAUGCCACUGGUUCCGAAGAGCGACCCUCAAAGGUCCGUCGGCUGAUGUCCUUGUCGGACUCCAUCCGACGCCGGGAUGCGAAGACAGCGGUCUACUGGCCUCGGGAUCUGGUCCCGGAAGUUUUGCCACACGCUCGUGUCAUGACCUACGGGUACGACACGCACAUCAGACACCAAUUUGUUGGUCCUGCCUUGAACAAGAACCAAGUGUACGACAUCGCGUGGGACUUCCUGCAGGAGGCCACCGCACAGAGGCAGCACUGCCUUACAAGGCCGGUUCUGUUCGUGGCGCACAGUCUGGGUGGCAUCGUUGUCAAGGAGACACUGCGUCGAUCAAGCGGUUGUUACAUGGGCCACUCCCAUCUCAGAGGUAUCUUUGACUCCACGGUCGGUAUAAUGUUCUUUGGGACCCCGCAUCGAGGGUCCGAACCGCGAGGUUUGAUCAAGAGCACCAUCGAGAGUCUCGGGAAGAUCCUCCUAUUCAGGCUCAACCAGCAGAUUGUCGAUACCUUGUUACCCACCUCCGAGCGCCUCCGAGAGCUCAGGGACGAAUUCGGUCCCCUUGCGCAUCGGCAGGGAUGGAAGAUCCACUCGUUCCAGGAGCAACUUGGGGUUGCCGUGUUGAAUGGCGACAAGGUCGUUGAGGACUCGUCGUCAUCCAUGGAUCUUCCAGCGAUCGAGACGACCCAGCACAUUAACCGGGACCAUAUGGAGAUGUGCCGCUUUACCGGGCCAGACGACACCGAGUUCAAAAAGAUCGCAAGUGCCCUCGUUAGAAUGGCGGAUGGCCUCCGACCAUCCGAUCAGGGCUCACAGAAAGAGACAACGGGGUCGCUCACAAAGUCUGAGAGAAAACUUCUUCUUGACUCUCUAGGGUUCGACCGGAUGGAGGCACGUAGGUUAGCCAUAAAGAAAUCCCAUCCUAGGACAUGCGAGUGGCUCCUGGAACAGCAAGAGUACAUGGACUGGACCGCCGUCUCCAAACUUGGAGAGCACCACGGUUUUCUCUGGAUCAGGGGUCACGCCGGCACCGGCAAAUCCACUCUCAUGAAGUUUGCCCUAGCGCGUGAGCGGGAGAAGAAGGACAAGAUAAUCAUUUCAUUCUUCUUUAACGCCCGCGGGCAGGAGCUCGAGAGAUCGAUGCUGGGCAUGUACCGGUCGCUGCUGCGCCAGCUUCUGGCAAAAGCGCCAAGGCUGCAAAGAGCCCUCGACGUGCUCAGCCUUACCAUGGUCGCCAAGGAUGGACACGAGUGGAGCAUUGAAUCUCUCAAGUCUGUGCUUGAGCAGGCGGUUCUGGGCCUCGGCAAGACUUCAUUGGUCUGUUACAUUGACGCGCUCGACGAGUGCGACGAGUCAGACAUUAGCGACAUGCUAUCGUUUUUCGAGACUGUGGGCCGAGAUGUCACCGCAAACGGCGGCAUCAACCUGCGCGUCUGUAUUUCCAGCAGGCAUUUUCCCGCCUUUGACAUUUCGACAGGCCUCAAGUUCGACCUCGAAGGCCAACGAGGUCACAAACAAGACAUUGUGAACUACGUCGAUAGGAAGCUGAAGCUGACUGACUACGAUCAGGCGGAGCAGCUCAGGACCGAAGUCAAGACGAAAGCCAAGGGCGUGUUUAUGUGGGCGGCGUUAGUUGUUGACCUACUCAACAAAGAAUAUAACCGCGGACGGCUGUUUUCCCUUCAGGAGAAGCUCACCCAGAUUCCCACCGGCCUACACUCUCUAUUCCACGAAAUCAUGACCAAGGACAGCCAGGAUAAUGAGGACCUGCUACUAUGCGUCCAGUGGAUGCUAUUUUCUCAAAGGCCUUUGAGACCCGAAGCGUUGUAUCAUGCUAUCAUCGCCAGUGGUAGGCUCAAAGCUGGCGCCGAACCUCAACCUGUGGCACGGGGGUCCUUCGUUCCGACUAUAGAAGUAAUUCGCCGGCUCAUCGUCGACACUUCCAAAGGCCUGGUGGAAGUUACUUCGUUGGUUCCUCCUACUGUUCAGUUCAUCCAUGAGUCCGUUCGGGAUUACCUACUCAAGGAAGAUGGCCUCGUGCAGCUAUGGCCUUCGCUCGGGGAAGGACCAGGGCCCAGGGGCCAAUGCCACGAACGCCUGAAGGCAUGCUGCCUUGCCAUCAUGGAUGCAUACGCAAGCGAUGGCGAUAUCCACGAUCCCCUCCCACCAGAAGCAUCGCCAACCGAAUAUCACAAGCGUCGACAGGCUAUCUGCGAGUCGUCCCCCCUGCUCCAAUACGCGGCAAGUAGCCUACUCUAUCACGCUGACAGGGCCGAGGGGUGUGGCGUUUCUCAAAACACCUUCCUCGAGAUGCUAGGGGUUGGUCUGGGACGAUUCAUCGACCUCACCAACAUUUUCGAACAGCACGAGGUCCGCCGCCACACUCGGGAAGUGCCCCUCCUAUACCUCCUUGCAGAGGCGAACUGCCCCAAUCUCUGCCGCAUACAUCCCGACCGCCAAGACUACCUCCUGAUGACCACCGAGCGCCACUACUGCGCGCUGUUCGCCGCCCGCGCCAUCGGCAACGACGCAGUCGUUUCCACCUUCC